AUGUUUUUGAAGCACAUAGAUCUAACUACUGCUUUACGACCGUCUUAUUUGCCGGAUGAGAUCCUACUCUUUGUUCAGGAUAAUGUCGGGCUCUAUGAGGGAAAGCUGAAGCUUCCCAAUCAGCAAAAUGGUCAAGUUUAUCUGACCUCUCAUCGCAUCUGCUAUGUUGAUAAAGCCGAGCCUAGAACAAACUCCUUGGCUCUAAAUCUUAAAGACGUUGACCGAUAUGAGUUCUACGCAGGCUUUCUGAAGUCGUCACCAAAAAUCACCAUAUUCCCCAAGCCUUUGAAGCGUUCAUCACUACAUAUUCGGGCUUUAUCCAGUGCAACUUCUCCUUCAAGAAAUAGCUCGGCCUCCCCUGGGUCAAGGGACGGCCCUUAUCGGCCACCUCAAGAAUCUGCUCCCUCUACUACGGCUACUUGGGUCUGCACCAUUUGCAGCUUCUCGAACCCGAUACCCGUGAACUUUGACCCCUCCACAGCAAAUUCUCACACCCCCUUACCGCCAUGUCUUGCCUGCGGGAUCAAGCCAACAUUGGCACAUAUUCUGAAAGCCGCCAUCAACAAUGCCAGUCAACGUGCUGCGCCAUCAAUCAAUGUUCCGUCGAGCCCUAGCCGGCCGUCGUUUCAACAGCGUGAGCCGGGUCACUCUUUGCCAUCAAGCUCUCAGGGCACUAUUCAUCACAAUUCCAGCAAAAGCUAUGAGCAAGCUACGGCAUCUUCCGCCGCUGAUCCAGGGGCGUCAUUUCCGUGCCCCCGUUGCACAUUCUCAAACCAUCCGUCCUUGCUUGCCUGCGAGAUGUGCGGUGCGCCGCUUCUGUCACAAAAUUUACCCAGCAUAGCAUCCGAGUCUCCAACGAUUCGUACGGAAUCUCCAGGUCCUGUGCACGAAACUCCUAUCAAGGCACAAUCAGGAAUCGAUGUUGCCGAGAGUAUCAAGCUUUCGUUCCGAAGCGGAGGUGUCCAGAUUUUUUAUGAACGGUUAAAGGGCGCGAUAACGCAGAGGAAGUGGUUGCUACAGAAUGCUCCUCCAGUUCCUAAGAGUGGAAGAGGUUCGGAGACCAACGGGGGAGCUGGCUCGUCUGAUUUGCCCGCCGGAAAUAGAACCAAGACAGCGGGUAUUGCUGGCCUGGAACAGCUUGGUCUCAACAUGCAUAAGAACAACGAAAUGUUGAUUGGUAGUGCGUUUGAAGAUCUUGAAGCGUUAAUGUCUUCAGCAAAGGAAGUUAUUGCCCUUGCGGAGCGAUAUGCCCGCCAAACGAAUGGUGCCAGUGGCGGUGCCUCAGCAGAAGAAAAUGCCAUCCUGGCAGAAUCUGCGAGCCAAUUAGGUCUAGUGACAACAAAGGACAUAGUUGCUGGCGGAAGCUCUGAAUCUCUUUACAUAUCAGAACUAUCUCGGAAUCUCGCCGAGUUCCUGGCCGACGACUCCAGGGGCGUAUUGAAACGUGCUGGUGGCAUCAUCACCCUCGUUGAUUUGUGGGCCAUGUUCAACAGGGCAAGAGGCGGCGUCGAGCUCGUCAGUCCCAUGGAUUUUGAAAAAGCUGCUCGUCUAUGGGAGAGUCUAAAGCUCCCAGUCAGACUGCGGACUUUCCGAAGCGGCGUCAUGGUCGUGCAAGGUAGGGACCGAACCGACGAGACUACCAUCAAAGCCCUCCUUUCUUGGCUGCAGGAUCUACAUGAAUUUCCUCCAGAACGGGAAGUUACUUGGGACUGGAGAGAAUUUGGACGUGGUGUGACAGCCUUGGAGACAGCAGAACGAUUUGGAUGGAGCAUUGGCGUUGCCGAGGAGGAGUUAGUGAUGGCAGAGGAACACGGCGCUUUGUGUAGAGAAGAAGGGCUGGAGGGCUUAAAGUUUUGGAAGAAUUAUAUAGAUACUGGAGAUAUUCCUCCACCAAAGAGCAAGGCCAGGCUCGAAGAAGAGGCUAUUGUGAAGGCACUAAAGGAUAGUGGAUUCUUAUAA